AUAAAGCACCGGCAAGCAGGGCCCAGCACGCUCCCCAGAGCCUGCUGCCCACACCCUCUCCUGUCCCCCUGCCCGCCUGGCCAGGGCCCGGCCGCCCGCCCGUGGAUGAGCCACAGGACCUCCUCCACCUUCAGAGCGGAGAGAAGCUUCCAUUCCUCCUCGUCCUCGUCCUCAUCCUCGUCCUCAUCCUCCUCAGCCUCCCGCGGCCUCCCAGCCCAGGACCCGCCCAUGGACAAAGCCCUGAGCAUGUUUGCCGAGGACCUUGGCAGCUUCAUGCGGCCCCACUCGGAGCCCCUGGCCUUCCCAGCCCGUCCCGGGGCGCCGGGCAACAUCAAGACCCUCGGGGACGCCUAUGAGUUUGCAGUGGACGUGAGUGACUUCUCACCUGAAGACAUCAUUGUCACCACCUCCAACAACCACAUCGAGGUGCGGGCGGAGAAGCUGGCAGCUGACGGCACAGUCAUGAACACCUUCGCUCACAAGUGCCAGUUGCCCGAGGACGUGGACCCCACUUCCGUGACCUCUGCCCUGAGGGAGGACGGCAGCCUCACCAUCCGGGCCCGGCGCCACCCACACACGGAGCACGUCCAGCAGACCUUCAGGACGGAGAUCAAAAUCUGAAGGCCUCCCCCUCCCUGUCCCCUCCCACUCGCCCUCUUCUCCCCAACUGGCUUACCAGAGAAGUUUUCCUCACCCCUCAUGACAGCUUGCAGGACAUCUCAGCUCAAGUUCCAGGCCCUGAGGUGGGUCAUCCCCCCCUGAACUGGGGUCUUCUGCUCUCCAGGGCAGGCCAGGGAAACUUUUGCCUCACCUGUGGCCCCCAGAUUCCAGAUGUGGCCUCUUUCACUUAAUCCGGAAUAAAGGGAUUGAGAUGGGAAAGGAAGCUCCCGGAGAACCCACUUUGGGGAAGGGGCACUGGGACAGGCAGGAUCUCUAGGCAAGUAGUCUGCAGGACAGACGGGCAAAUCCUUUGAUCUCUGGGGUCUCUGCAGGGCAGGGGCAGAGGGGACAGGGAUCUGGGACCCCCAGGGCAGGGGGGAGCAGGGGAGGCAGAAGCAGAUUAUUAGGCUGGGGUGCUGAUCCAAGCAGAACUGCACAGGGAAGCCAGAGGGGACGGCCACGGGGGUGGGGGGGGGAGCUCCCCUCCACCACUCCCUGAGCCCCAAGCCAGCUGCAGGCUGCCUGCCGACCUGCUGCCCCCACCGGCCAGCUGCGCCAGGGCUGGGCCGCCCAGUGUCUGUAUAUAGAUGGGGUUUUUCCAAUAUAGCCGGUUCGUGAGGAACUGUACAACACCCCUGCCCCCCUUACCCGCUUGUGCCCUCAGGCAAGGCCUAGCUGAGGGGUGGGGCUGGUCCUGCCUCCCACCUGGAGACCUGGGCUCCCGUGGCUGCCUCCCCUGCAGACAGGUCACCCAGCUGAGGUGGGAGAGACAGCACGGAUGGGGCCUUGGGUCUUCAAGGUUGGACCCCAGCUUCUUGUCAAUCUUCCCCUGCGGCCAGUCACCUCCCACAUCCUUACCCCUUUUUAAUCGAUGAAUCUAUAGGGUUGGUGUGUGUAUACACAACACACGUGCCCAUGGUCAUGUCCUUCAAAUACUGAGCAUUACCAUUAGUGGAGGCCGAAUUCAGCACGUUCUAAAAUCAGAUUUUACCAUCUCUCUUUUUAUCGA